GAAAGGGGGUGUUUUGAGCGGCGGCGGCGGCGAUGAACGCGGUGCGGGUGCUGGCGGGGCAGUUCACGCAGUCCAUGCAGCCGGUGCUGGCGGUGGCGCUGGUCGUGCUGACGCUGCUCCAGGUCUGCAAGUGGAUGCAACAGCCGUCGGAGCAAUGCCGGAGGAGACCGCCUGGCCCCUUCCCCUGGCCCAUCAUCGGCAACGCGACUCAGAUCGGCAAGGUCCCCCACAUCUCCUUCUCCAGGAUGGCCCGGCGCUACGGCAACGUCUUCCAGAUCAAGUUGGGCAGCCGCUCCGUGGUGGUCCUGAAUGGAGAGGAGUGCAUCAGGGAGGCGCUGGUCAGGAAAGCCGAGCAGUUUUCCGGGCGCCCCGACUUCGCUUCUUUCAAUGAGGUUUCCGGGGGCAGGAGCUUGGCUUUCAGGAGCUACUGCGACCGGUGGAAGUUCCACAGGAGAAUCGCCCACUCCACGGUCAGGGCUUUCUCCACCAACAACCCGGACACCAAGAAAACCUUCCAGAGGCACGUGGUGGGGGAGGUCCAGCAGCUGAUCCAGCUGUUCGUGGAGAAGAGCCAGAGCGCGGGUUACUUCAACCCGACCAGCAACCUGGUGGUGGCCGUGGCCAACGUGAUGAGCGCCUUCUGCUUCGGGAAGAGGUACAGCCACGACGAUCAGGAGUUCCUGUCCUUGCUGUCCAAGAACGACCAGUUCGGGAAGACGGUGGGAGCGGGCAGUCUGGUGGAUGUCAUGCCCUGGCUCCAGUACUUCCCCAACCCCGUCAGGGCGGUCUUCGAGAACUUCAAGGGGCUCAACCGCGACUUCUACACCUUCAUCAGGGACAAGGCUCUGCAGCACCGGGAGACCUUCAGGGCCGACACGGUCCGAGACAUCAUGGACGCUUUCAUCCAGAUCAUCGACUACGAGAAGACGGUGAGCGACAAAGGGGUCAAACUGGAGAGGGAGUACGUGGACUCCACGGUGACCGACAUUUUCGGGGCCAGUCAGGACACCCUGUCCACGGCUCUCACUUGGAUCAUCCUGUUCUUGGUCUGGAGAUCCGACGUGCAGGAGCGGCUCCAACACGAGAUGGACAGGGUGCUGGGCAGGGAUCGCAUCCCCACCAUCGACGACAAGCCUCACAUGCCCUACCUGACGGCCUUCCUCUUCGAGAGUCUGCGGUUCAGCAGCUUCGUGCCCAUCACCAUCCCGCACUGCACCACCACGGACACGCAGCUGAACGGCUACCACAUCGCCAAGGACACCGUGGUCUUCGUCAACCAGUGGUCGGUCAACCACGACCCGGACAAGUGGCUCCAGCCGGAGACCUUCGACCCGGGCAGGUUUCUGAACGAGAACGGGAGCCUGAACCAGGACCUGCUGAGCUCGGUGAUGAUCUUCUCUCUGGGCAAGAGGCGCUGCAUCGGCGACGAGUUGUCCAAGAUGCAGCUUUUCCUCUUCACCUCCAUCCUGAUGCACCAGUGCACCAUCACCGGCAAUCCCACAGAGGAGCUCACUCUGGAUUUUGACUACGGCUUAACCUUAAAGCCCAAACCUUUCAGCAUCAAGGUGACCCUGCGAGGCGCCGUGUAACUCCCUCCCUCCCCCCCC